AUGAGUUAUUCUUUCUUUUUUCUUUCUUUCUUCUUACGCGCCUCACUUUACUUUUCUUUCUUUAUUUUUAUCUUUCUUUAUUUCUUUCUUUCUUUCUUUCUUUAUUCUUACGUGUUUCACUUUAUCUUUCUUUAUUUAUUUCUUUCUUUCUUUCUUUAUUCUUACGUGUUUCGCUUUAUCUUUCUUUCUUCUUUCGUGCCUCCACUUUCUUUUCUUUUCUUUCUUUCUAUCUUUCUUUCUUUCUUUAUUCUUACGUGUUUCACUUUAUCUUUUUUUUCUUUCUUUCUUUUCUUUCUUUUUUCUUUCUUUAUUCUUACGUGUUUUCUUUAUCUUUCUUUCUUUCUUUUAUUUCUUUCAUUCUUUUUCUUUAUUCUUACGUGUUUCCUUUAUCUUUCUUUCUUCUUUCGUUCUUUUUUACUUUUCUUCUUGCCUUUUCUAUCUUUCUUUCUUUCUUUAUUCUUACGUGUUUCCUUUAUCUUUCUUUCUUUCUUUCUUUCUUUUUAUUUUUUUCUUUCGUGUUUCCUUUUAUCUUUCUUUCUUUCUUUAUUUCUUUCUUUCUUUCUUUAUUCUUACGUGUUUCGCUUUAUCUUUCUUUCUUCUUUUCUUGCCUUUCUUUUUUUCUUUCUUUCUUUCUAUCUUUCUUUCUUUCUUUAUUCUUACGUGUUUCACUUUAUCUUUCUUUCUUUCUUUCUUUCUUUCUUUCUUCUUUCUUUAUCUUUCUUUCUUCUUUCUUUCUUUAUUUCUUUCUUUCUUUCUUUAUUCUUACGUGUUUCUUUUCUUUCUUUCUUCUUUCGUGCCUCUUUACUUUUCUUACUUUCUUUCUUUCUAUCUUUCUUUCUUUUUUAUUCUUACGUGUUUCUUUAUCUUUCUUUUCUUUCUUUCUUUCUUUCUUUAUUCUUACGUGUUUCACUUUAUCUUUCUUUCUUUCUUUUUUUCUUUCUUUUUCUUUCUUUAUUCUUUCUUGUUUCUUUUAUCUUUUCUUUCUUCUUUCGUGCCUCACUUUACUUUUCUUUUCUUUCUUUCUUUCUAUCUUUCUUUCUUUCUUUAUUUUCACGUGUAUCUUCUUUUUUCUUUUUCUUUCUUUCUUCUUUCUUUUAUUCUUACGUGUUUUUAUCUUUCUUCUUUUCUUUUCUUUUCUUACUUUCUUUCUUUUUCUUUCUUUCUUUAUUCUUACGUGUUUCUUUUAUCUUUCUUUCUUUCUUUUAUUUCUUUCUUUCUUUCUUUAUUCUUACGUGUUUCUUUAUCUUUCUUUCUUCUUUCUUGCCUUUUUACUUUUCUUACUUUUCUUUCUUUCUAUCUUUCUUUCUUUCUUUAUUCUUACGUGUUUCACUUUUCUUUCUUUCUUUCUUUCUUUCUUUCUUUCUUUAUUCUUUUUGUUUCUUUAUCUUUCUUCUUUCGUGCCUCCUUUUUUUCUUACUUUCUUUCUUUCUUCUUUCUUUCUUUCUUUAUUCUUACGUGUUUCUUUAUCUUUCUUUCUUUUUUUAUUUCUUUUCUUUCUUUCUUUAUUCUUACUUUUCUUUUUCUUUUUUUUUCUUUCGUCCUCUUUUCCUUUUCUUUCUUUCUUUUUUCUUUCUUUCUUUCUUUAUUCUUACGUGUUUUCACUUUAUCUUUCUUUCUUUCUUUCUUCUUUCUUUCUUUCUUUAUUCUUACGUGUUUCUUUUUUUCUUUCUUUCUUUAUUUCUUUCUUUUUCUUUCUUUUUUUCUUACGUGUUUCCUUUAUCUUUUUUUCUUCUUUCAUUGCCUCCUUUUACUUUUCUUACUUUCUUUCUUUCUUUCUUUCUUUCUUUCUUUAUUCUUACGUGUUUCUUUAUCUUUCUUUCUUUCUUUCUUUCUUUCUUUUUUUCUUUCUUUUUUCUUUCUUCUUUCUUUCUUUAUUUCUUUCUUUCUUUCUUUAUUCUUACGUGUUUCCUUUAUCUUUCUUUCUUCUUUUGCCUCCUUUCUUUUUCUUACUUUCUUUCUUUUAUCUUUCUUUCUUUCUUUAUUCUUACGUGUUUCACUUUAUCUUUCUUUCUUUCUUUCUUUAUUUUCUUGUUUCACUUUUCUUUCUUUCUUUCUUUGUUUCUUUCUUUUCUUUCUUUUAUUCUUUCUUGUUUUCUUUUCUUUCUUUCUUCUUUCAUUGCCUCACUUUUACUUUUCUUUCUUUCCUUCUUUCUUCUUUCUUUCUUUUUUCUUUAUUCUUACGUGUUUCACUUUAUCUUUCUUUCUUUCUUUCUUUCUUUCUUUCUUUCUUUAUUUUUACGUUUAUUUUUUCUUUCUUUCUUUAUUUCUUUCUUUCUUUCUUUCUUUAUUCUUCGUGUUUCUUUAUCUUUCUUUCUUCUUUCGUGCCUCUUUACUUUUCUUACUUUCUUUCUUUUAUCUUUCUUUCUUUCUUUAUUCUUGCGUGUUUUCUUUAUCUUUCUUUCUUUCUUUCUUUCUUUCUUCUUUCUUUAUCUUUCUUUCUUUCUUUCUUUUUUCUUUCUUUCUUUCUUUAUUCUUACGUGUUUCUUUUCUUUCUUUCUUC